CGCUGCCUCUUCGGUGGGUUGUUGGGUGGGACACGGCGACGGCCCAGCAAUACCUAGCCGCGUGUGCACGUACGCGCGUCACUGUCUGGCGGUGGCUUGGCAAACUGGUGCUGCAGUGCAUACCGAUCUCUCACGGUCCGUCCUCGCGGCGUCGAUCCUGUCGCAGCCAUCGACACUCGCCAUGACGGCCAAGCUCCCAUUGCCUCGUGACUUUUUCCGAUGCCCACCACUUGCGCCAUCCGACAUGGACGCCUUCAAGAAACUCGCACGACGUGCGUCCACGGAACUUGCGAUCUGCGCGCGACGGACCAAUGGACCUAUCCAGUGGACGGAAGACGUGCAUGAGCCUGGCUUGAUCAUGUAUUCUGGCCUCGACACCGACUCGACCGGCGACGUUCUCACGUAUUGCAGCGUCACCGACGUCAACGGCACGCUCGACGAAGUUGCAGCGAUGUUUUACGCGACCAACGGCCCCUCGACAGAGCACUCUUGCCACCUUGCCAAGCACGUUCUAGACAGCCAUCACCUGUACACGGUCGCCAAGCCGACGCCAGAGUGUCCGCGCCAUGCCAUCUACAUGCGAUGGAUGGUCAUGGAGACGCCAAUCAAGGGUCUGGGCGUCAUCAGCCCUCGGGACUAUUGCGUGCUCGAGUCGCAUCACGACAUGGAGGUCGACAACCGACGGGGGUGGAUCCGGUCGGUGGUGUCCAUCGAUUUGAACUGUUGCCCGCCAUUGAACCAAUUUCUUGGGUUCGUUCGCGCGUCGAUCGUUCGCAGUGGCCACGUUGUCAUGGAAACGGAUCGCCCGGGCGUAUUGGAAGUCACCCACUUGGUCCAGAUCGACCUGAAGCUCCAUGCGCCACACUGGAUUCGCAAGCUAGGUGUCCGUGCGCGGUGCCGCGGUGUCUUGUCCAUCGACGUUCUUCUGCGCGAGCAAAGGCUAAGCCAGAGUGGCUCGUUUCUUGCGUCGUCGGAGCUUGUGUCCAAGGACGCGCGGUCGGCCUGCGCCGUGUGCGAGCAAUCGUUUGGGCUCUUGCACCACAAAUCCAAUUGCCGAAAAUGCGGCGAAGUCGUGUGCGGCCGAUGCAGCAAGAUGUGGAGAUUCAAGGUCUCGGGAACGUCAGAGGCCAUGCGCAUCUGCACCAGCUGCGCUUUGACGUCGUCCACUGCGCACGGGGCAGCCACCGUGUGCAGCGAUAGCGUCGUGAGCGCCACCAUGACCUCUUCCCAGUCCACCGCCAACAGCCCGCGUCUCCACCGGACGGCGACUCGCAGUGCCGACCAAGUCGUGUGUGGACGGAAUACGUCGAUGCUGGGACACGCCACCAAAUCCCUCGUCGAUCUUGUCGAGUUGGACGAAGCGCGCCACGUCAUGGCCACGAACGUUCGGGUCCGUGCGGCGACGACAGACUGCCGGGACGCUGGCUUCGCCAUGCUGGAAGACAACAAGAUGACGUGGCGAAGGCGGCAGCAGUCUCUCUCGACCGUCCUCGACCCCGAUGGGUGGUCGACGUGAGGCGUUCGUCGUGCAAUCCAUCGAACGGUCAUUAUCACGAAAGGAAUUUUGUUCUGUCCA